CAAAUAACUACAAAACACAAUAGAGUACCCCCUCCCUUCCUCUCUCUCUCUCUCUCUUUUUUUUUUCCCUUUCCUGCUUCUAAACGCCUUCUUCCAGGCUGAGGCUGAGUCUGGGCAGGUCUCCAAAGGUGCAGCAGCCACAACAAUCCUGCAGUUCAAAGUUAAGCAGCAGUUGCACAACUUCCAGCAACUCUCUUAGCCGGCUACUAAAGAGCUAAACAGCCAGCAACGUCUAAGAAAGUGAAGGACAAGCUUCCAGCCCACCUUCAAAUCCAGAUAUCCCAUCCUUACCUCCACCCUCACCCCCAGAACUUUGAGAUACAGUCCUGCAAUUCGCCUGCAAAGCAGACCAUGGCACCCUUUGGAAAAAACUUACUAAAGACUCGGCAUAAAAACCGAUCUCCAACUAAAGACAUGGAUUCAGAAGAGAAGGAAAUUGUGGUUUGGGUUUGCCAAGAAGAAAAGAUUGUCUGUGGGUUAACUAAACAUACCACCUCUGCUGAUGUCAUCCAGGCUUUGCUUGAGGAACAUGAGACUACAUUCGGAGAGAAACGAUUUCUUCUGGGGAAGCCCAGUGACUAUUGCAUCAUAGAAAAGUGGCGAGGCUCAGAACGGGUUCUUCCUCCAUUAACUAGAAUCCUGAAGCUUUGGAAAGCGUGGGGAGAUGAGCAGCCCAAUAUGCAAUUUGUUUUAGUUAAAGCAGAUGCUUUUCUUCCAGUUCCCCUGUGGCGGACAGCUGAAGCUAAAUUAGUGCAAAACACAGAAAAACAAUGGGAAUUCAGCCCAGCAAAUUACAUGAAGACAUUACCACCAGAUAAACAAAAAAGAAUUGUCAGAAAAACUUUCAGGAAACUGGCUAAAAUCAAACAAGACAUAGUUUCCCAAGAUAGAGAUAACAUGGAGACAUUAAUUCAUCUGAUUAUUUCCCAGGAUCAUACAAUUCAUCAGCAAGUUAAGAGAAUGAAAGAACUGGAUCUAGAAAUUGAAAGAUGUGAAGCUAAGUUCCACCUUGAUCGGGUAGAAAAUGAUGGAGAAAAUUAUGUCCAGGAUGCAUAUUUACUGCCCAGUUUCAGUGACAUUGAACAGAAACUUGACUUGCAGUAUGAUGAAAGUGAGAUGCUGGAGGACCUGAGCAAAAGCGAUGGAAUUGUACAACUGGAAGAACGACUGAAAUAUUACAGAAUGCUCAUUGAUAAGCUCUCUACUGAAAUAGAUAAAGAGGUGAAAAGUGUUUGCAUUGAGGUAAGUGAAGAUGCAGGAGGAGCGGCAGCAGAUGAACUGGAAUCCUCAAAUUUAGAAAGCAUAAAGUGUGAUUUGGAAAAAAGCAUGAAAGCUGGUUUGAAAAUCCACUCUCAUUUGAGUGGCAUCCAGAAAGAGAUUAAAUACAGUGACUCAUUGCUCCAGAUUAAAGCAAAAGAAUAUGAGCUCCUGGCCAAGGAAUUCAAUUCACUUCACAUCAGUACCAAAGAUGGAUGCCAGCUAAAGGAUAGCAGAGGAAAGGAACCUGACGCUCCUAACAGCAGUGAGGAUACGCCUCCAUUUACUCAAAGAGUAUUUAAUGCUUAUACAAAUGACACAGACUCAGACACUGGGAUCAGCUCUAACCACAGUCAGGAUUCUGAAACAACUGUAGGAGAUGUAGUGCUGUUGUCAACAUAAUUUUGGUGACUUUUUUUCUGAUAUACCUUAAUGUUUUUAAAUGUCUGUUUAAUAGAAACUUUAUUUUAAAUAUUAC